AAAGCAGCCCUCAUCCCUCUGCUGCUCCUCAAGCUCAGCAGCCGCGGUGGCAGUGGCGGAGGCCGCCGGAGGCUGCCCCCGGGCCCGUCGCGGCUGCCGGUCAUCGGCAGCCUGCACCACUUCCUGUUCGUCCGCAGCCCGCUCGCGCACCGCACCAUGGCCGACCUCGCGCGGCGGCACGGCGCGCCGCCGCUCAUGUACCUCAGGCUGGGCAAGGUCGGGCUCGCCGUGGCCUCGUCCCCGGCCGCGGCCCGGGAGGUCAUGCGGGCGCACGACGCCGCCUUCGCGUCGCGGCCCUGGAUCCCCAGCAUGCGGCCGGCCAUGGAGCGGGGCGCCGUGGGCCUGGUGUUUGCGCCCCACGGCGCGCUGUGGCGGCAGCUCCGCAGAGACAGCGUCCUCGAGCUGCUCAGCGCCAGGCGCGUGCGCUCGUCGCCGCCGGGCAGGGCCGUCAACGUCGGCGUGCGGCUCGCCGCGCUCACCGCCGACGUCACGAUGCGCGCCGUGGUCGACGACCGGUUCGACCGGCGGGAGGAGUUCCUGCGGGCGAUCGAGGAGGGAAGCAGGCUCGUCACCGGGUUCAGCCUCGGCGACCUGUUCCCGUCGUCGAGGCUCGUGAGAUUCUUCAGCGGGACGGCAGGUCGGGUGAUGGAUCUCCACCGGAAGAUGUUCCAGCUCAUGGACUGCGCCAUCAGGCAGCACGAGGAGCGCCGGGCAGCCAUGGCCUCGACGCCGGAUGGCGCCGUGAAGGAGGAGGACGAGGACAUCCUUGGCCUGCUCCUGAGGAUACACAGGGAAGGUGGCCUCGAGGUGCCCCUCACCAUGGACAUCGUCAAAUCUCUUAUUCUUGACCUCUUCAGCGGAGGGAGCGACACGUCAGCGAGCACGCUCGAAUGGGCCAUGUCGGAGCUCAUGAGGAACCCAGGAGCAAUGGAGAAGGCGCAAGCCGAGGUGCGGAGCAAGCUCCAAGGGAAGCCAUCGGUGACCGAGGACGACCUGCACCACCUCAAGUACCUGAAACUCGUCAUCAAGGAGACUCUAAGGCUGCACCCGGUGUUGCCAUUGCUACUGCCAAGAGAGUGCACGGAGGACCGCAAGGUCAUGGGGUACGAUGUGCCACAGGGCACCGUGGUGCUAGUGAACGCGUGGGCGAUCAGCAGGGACUCUGGGUACUGGGACGACGCGGAUGCGUUCAAGCCAGAGAGGUUUGAGGAUGGCAAGAUCGACUUUAAGAGCACGGAUUUUGAGUUCAUACCAUUUGGGGCUGGACGGAUAAACGGUGACUAUUACUAUAAAAGAAGAUUGUAG